AUGACUAGUUUUAAAGUCUUUAUUGGUGUGUUAGCAUGCUGCUAUCUCACUCUCGCGAAUCCCAGGCCAGAAACCAAGACUGAUAAUUAUAAAGCUAAUAUUUUAUCGGUUAUGGACAGUCUGAAUCGAAAAGAUUCUAUAGAUAUAUUUGGAAAUAUAGUCAGGCUGGAAAAAACUGAAGCGGAAGAAGCGAGUGAAGCUAGACAAGUGGAAACUGAUCCGUUAUUGAAGAGAAUUGAUGAGUUUCUAAGAACCCGAAGGCUCCAGAUCAAAUUUCCUGAUGAUGGAUCAUCUGCUGAUUACUUUGGUAGAGCAUUGGGAGAGAAGAAUUAUAAUUUCGAAUUAAGAGAAUUAAUUCACGGUGCUUCAGAAGCCCGUACAAAAGUCAAGAAGAUCUUACUGCCAAUCCUGUUAGCCCUCAAACUGAAAGCUGCCAUAGUGUUGCCAAUCGUCAUAACACUGAUUGGUCUUAUUGGCAUUAAAGGCCUAGGUGCCGGUGUAUUAGCUCUUCUCUUAUCAGGUGCAGUAGCUUUGAAAGCUCUUCUGACACCAUCGACUCCAGCCUAUCCAGCACGUAUAAGUUUCUCCAAACCAUAUGACCUCUACCAUGAAAAUUGGCAUCGUUCACAACAAAUACUUGCUGACGAUCAACCCAUUGUUACACAACCAUAUCGUGCUUGGAGUCCUGAAUUCAGUUACGACCCUACGGUACAAUUCAGUCCAUCAGCUCAAUAUGAAUCUUAUCAAGAGAUUCCUUGA